GCUGUCUUUCCUUUUCUUAUUCAAUACCCACUAGACGACUCUCGUUUAUCCUCAUCUUUCUUUGAGGCUCUGUGCUGGUAUUCAAUCGGUGUUUGAUUCUUUACUCGCCAGUUCUCCUUUUCAUGUAUCCACUACGUCAUUAAUCCCCCUAUUACUAUAGUCGACGCGUGUAAUUUCCUUACAAUCUUUGGAACCUCCAGUUUGAUUUGCCUUUGACGUUUGUAAUCGUUGUUGUUUAUUUUCUUUUCUUAAAAAGAUUAUUCAUUGCAUUGAUACAUCCCGUGGCGUUCAUUUAAUCUACGGUGUAUAUGAGCGAUGCCGGUAUACCGAUAUGUUCCACGAUCCCUGCCAAUAUUCUCCUCGGGCCGCCUUAGCCUGUCGAGACCGUUGAGGGCCAUUGGAGUAGCUCCAUAUAAAUCGGGAAUGCAUUUCUCACAGGGCUCCUACCAAGCUGCCCCAAACCCCCUGGAGCAAGAUGCAGGAGAUGACGGAGCCCGAUCCAACGGCAACGACGGAGAGCCAACAUUCAGAUCUACUAUCCUAAAAAUGAUGGAGACCGCCGCCACUACUUUUGCUUCUAUUGCCGUUCUAGGUAUUGCGGGCUACUCGUAUCACCGGUACUACAAGUAUCUGAUUUUGGAAAAGAUGGAAAAUGCCUUCAAGCCGGGCGAUCCAGCACUCGAAGUUGCGGGUGUAGAAUCAGGAAAACAUCAGUAUCACCAUGAGGAGCACUGGGUUGUCCGCGACGAACAACCCAGGAUGGAUCGAAUCAUCGCUGGUGGCGCUGGUGGCCGUUAUUUCCUGCUCAUUGGUGAGAAAGGCACUGGAAAGACAUCUAUGCUCCUAGAGGCGAUGCGCAAGAUUGAUGGCGAGGGUUGUGCUAUGUUUGAAGCACAUGGUGAUCUUGAAAUUUUCCGAACUAGGCUAGGGAAAGCGUUGGACUUUGAGUUCCAUGAAGACUACAUUGGAAGUCUUUUUAGCAUUAAGGGUCCUCGAGAUACCACCCCUCUCUUGGACAUUGAGCGCGCAUUCAACAAGUUAGAGAAGGUGGCGCUUAUGCGUAGACGUGAGGGAUUACCAGCUUUGAUUUUGAUCAUUAAUAGUACUCACCUGGUGAGGGAUGAUCAUGAUGGUCAGGAUCUCCUGGAAAUGAUUCAACAGAGAGCGGAACAAUGGGCGGCUAGCAACUUGGUGACGACAGUCCUCAACAGUGAUGAUUACUGGGUAUAUGAACGCCUCAAGCGAUACGCCACCAGGAUGGAAGUCAUCCCUGUUUCGGAUCUACCCAAGCAACGAGCGAUGGACGCUCUACGGAGGUAUCGCAAGAAGUACUUUGGUGAGGAAUUAUCGAACGAAGUACUUGAAGAAAUCUACAACAAAGUUGGUGGACGUUUGUCCUUCCUGAACCGGGUGGCCAAGGCCAAAGAUUAUAUGAAACUCUGUGAUGGAAUAUGUGAGGCCGAGAAGAGAUGGUUCCUCAACAAAUGCUGGAUCCUUGGACCGGAAAUGGAUGACGACGUCAUGGAUGAGCAGAAGUACUCUUCUGCCGCGAUGGUUCUCGCCAAAGCGCUUGUCGACCAGGAGAAGGAGAUGGAGAAAACCUAUGACCCGGAGAUUGGCCAUAUUCUACCAGAGAUACCGCUGCAUAAGGCGCGGGAAGUUAUGACAAGAGCGGACUUUAUCCAAAGUUACGAUCAUGACAACAUCUUUACAAUCGAUUCUCGAGCUAUGGUCCGAGCCGAUUCUGUUCCUAUGCAGAAUGCUUUCCGAGAAAUCUGUUCUUGGGAAGGAUUUGACAAGCACCUGGAGGGAACAUUGGAGCGAAUUGGUGAUAUUGAGAGUCUUGGACGAACCCGUGAGCUCACCAUCAAAGAUCUCUGGAACCAGGGCAAAUACCAGCUUGCUAUGCGGGAUCCCAAUGGUCGCGAUAAUGGUGUUGCUGAGUUCACGGUGGUGGAGGGCCAGAAAGAGGAUGAGGACGACUGAUUGAAGCAUACUGAAAGGCGAGGUCAGAGUUGAAGCCAUCAUCAGCCAUUGAAAAACAAUGUAAUUACUGGAUAUACUCCUGAGCCUAUCUGUGACAUAGUAAUUCCUGAUCCUGGGUGUUCUGAUUGGUUGGGCGCAUCAGGGAAGCAGUGACAUCAUCACAUGCUCACCGCUCGCCAGAAAAUCGGCCCCCAGCCUCCAUG